GAGAAAGAGAGAGCGAGAGAGAGAAAGAGAGAGCGAGAGAGAGAAAGAGAGAGCGAGAGAGAGAAAGAGAGAGCGAGAGAGACAAAGAGAGAGAGAGACAAAGAAAGAGCGAGACAAAGAAAGAGCGAGAGAAAGAGAGAGCGAGAGAAAGAGAGAGCGAGAGAAAGAGAGAGCGAGAGAAAGACAGCGAGAGAAAGACAGCGAGAGAAAGAGCGAGAGAAAGAGCGAGAGAAAGAGCGAGAGAAAGAGCGAGAGAAAGAGCGAGAGAAAGAGCGAGAGAAAGAGAGAGCGAGAGAAAGAAAGAGAGCGAGAGAAAGAGAGAAGGAGAGAAAGAGAGAGCGAGAGAGAGAAAGAGAGAGCGAGAGGGAGAAAGAGAGAGCGAGAGAGAGAAAGAGAGAGCGAGAGAGAGAAAGAGAGAGCGAGAGAGAAAGAGAGCGAGAGAGAGAGAGCGAGAGAGAGAGAGAACGAGCGAGAAAGAGAGAGCGAGAGAGAGCGAGAGAGAAAGAGAGCCAGAGAGAAAGAGAGAGCGAGAGAGAAAGAGAGGGCGAGAGAGAGAAAGAGAGAGCGAGAGAGAGAAAAAGAGAGCGAGAGAAAAAGAGAACGAGAGAAAAAGAGAACGAGAGAAAAAGAGAACGAGAGAGAAAGAGAGCGAGAGAGAAAGAGAGAGCGAGAGAGAAAGAGAGAGCGAGAGAGAGCGAGAGAAAAAGAGAGCGAGAGAAAAAGAGAGCGAGAGAGAGAGCGAGAGAAAGAGAGCGAGAAAGAGAGCGAGAGAAAGAGAGCGAGAGAAAAAGAGAGCGAGAAAAAGAGAGCGAGAGAAAAAGAGAAGAACGAGAGAGAGAGCGAGAGAGGGAGCGAGAGAGUGAGAAAGAGAGCGAGAGAGAAAAAGAGAGAGCGAGAGAUAGAGAGAGAGAGCGAGAAAGAGAGAGCGAGAGAGAGAAAGAGAGCGAGAGAAAGAGAGAGCGAGAGAGAGAAAGAGAGAGCGAGAGAAAAGAGAGCGAGAGAAAGAAGAGAGCGAGAGAAAAAGAGAGCGAGAGAAAAAGAGAGCGAGAGAAGAAAGAGAGCGAGAGAAAAAGAGAGCGAGAGAAAAAGAGAGCGAGAGAAAAGAGCGGAGAGCGAGAGAAAAGAGAGAGAGAAAGAGAGCGAGAGAAAGAGAGCGAGAGAGAG